AUGGCUCUUCAACUAACUGUUGAUCAUGGCCCAAUGAUUUUUGCAGAAAGAAUGCGAAUACAAAAAGCUGGUGGUUCUGUCAAGUUUUUAAUUUUGGCUUGUGAUGGGCUUUGGAAAAGUUUCACAGUGGAUUCAGCAGUUCCUUUUGUUUUGGAUUGUUUUAAACGUAGAACAGCGUCAAAUGUAAAAGAAGACGAAGCCUCUUUAUGGUCUUAUAUAGCUGAUGAAAUUUGUGCAGAAGCAAUUCGUGGUGGUUGCGGUGAUAAUGUUACUGUUAUAAUUGUUGUUUUUAUAACAAAGGAUGAAAUGAUCAAGUUAUUCUAA